ACCCGGCCGGUCGUCAGUUACGCCACGAACGUAGUAUGUGCCGCGUCUAGUUUACAUUAUUUAGAGUAUUUUAAUAUGUAUUUAUGCAAAAAAGUGAUAAAAAUUUACUUUAAGAAAGAGGUGGUUUUGGUGGUUCAUCUAGAACGUUUUGUUUGAAUUCGGAAUAGAGCCGCUUUUGACGUGAAAAAACGCGGGAAACUGGAUUUUUUUUAGUGCGUGCGUUUAGUUAUCGAUCGGGAGUCGGGACUGCUCUACUGCAUUGCAACGGUGCAGGACGAUAAAAGAUUGUAUUUGACAUAUGUAAAUAUGUAUUUACAGAAUGAACCAAUCAUACCACAACUAAACUUGUAAAUUACGAUAAGUACGUUAUUGUUAUGUGAUUUUUCCAAAGAAUUGAACUGAACUGUGAUAUAUUAUUGUGUAGUGGUGUGGAAUUGUUUCUGGAUACUAAUCAUUGGAUACAAAAUGGAUAGAAGAGGUUAUGCAGCAGAAGGCGCCGCUGGUGCCUAAUAAUAUCAAACUUCAGCAACCGCAAAUUCCGCAAGCGACCCGCAGAGGUUUAGCUGCAAAUUUCUUCAAAGCAACAUUUAGUUCACGCAGCAAGGCAGUGCCUGCUGCGUCUUCUUAUUCGGUUGAAGAAACUAGCAAAAUAGGCAGCGCGGAAACUAAACCAGUUACUAGAAAUCGACCCAGGACAGCGCCAGCAGAUACUCAAGUGAAGAGGAAAAGUGUCGAACGACCAAAGCUCGUACUAAACCGUGAGAGCUCCUUGGAGCCGGCCAGACCGCUUCGAAGCAAACCAAAUACCCCCGACCCCGGACCCAAAACACCCGACAAAAAUGACCUGAAAACUAAGAACGUUGUUUUAAAAAUAAUUAAAAAAACACCGGCACCGCAAAAACCGACGGAUUCCAAAAGUGACAGUAUCCUCCCGCCAUCUUUGAAACCGACUGUUGCUGAAAAAAACAAAUUGACGCGUUCGAAAUACGUAAACAAUAACACCGUUUGGACGAAUGCUAAUGUAACAAAGGAGAAGAAAGGACCGCUUUUAUCCCUCAGAGGACCCAGCCAGGGGAAGCAAGAGGCGACCCUCAAGGGCGCUCCUUCCGUGUCCAGUCUCGACUCGAAACACCACAAAGUCGCUCCAGCGAGAGACAAGACGCUUAAAAUAUUCGGCUCCAAGGAGAAGUUGAAUAAGGCGCACAAGAAGAAAGAUUUGGGCAACAAUAAUGCCGUUCUCGAAGACCCAGAAUUGAGAGAGGGCUUUGAAUAUGAUGACGCGCAGGUCCGGCCCCAUGACUAUGGGAGCGCGGAAGAAUUGGGAACUGGGUCGGUAGACGAGAGAGGAUCGCAGGAGUGCAUCAGUCUGCCGGUCAACUUGAAUGCAGAACACAUGCCAGGGUUUCAGGACGUCGAGCUGAGGCCUAGAGUUGCUUCUGAGGCUUCACUGACAUCAGGGGUGCGCGAGAUAGAAUCACUAAGGCGGGAAUUGGAAGAGAGCACGAUGGAGCGGGCCGCGCUGCAGUCGCGCGUGGACGAGCUGCUGGAGAAGGCCAGCGAAGCGGACAGACUGAGGGCGGAACUCGACAGACUGAAGAGUCACGAAGCAGAUCGAGAAGCGGCACUAGAACGACUGGCAGAUGAGAACGGUGCCCUACGAGCAAGGUUGCGCGGGGUCGCGCACUCGCCGCUGUCGGACAGCGAGAAGCGGCAGCUGCUGCUCGCGCCGGCGCCCAGGAGGAUGCAUUCUUCUGCACCUGCGUCUAUAGCUUUGGCUCACAAUGGGGAGGGAGAGAAUGGAGAGGCCAGCACUCCAGAAUGGGACAAACAUUCGUCGUCUUCCCUAAGUGAGGUUUCUGUCGCCUGUCUUCAGGACAGAAUCUUGCAGAUGGAGGAACAUCACUACAGUCUUUUGGACAAUAUUGAAUUGUGCACAAGCGAAGAACUGCAAGCCACACUGGCCGAACUGGCCGACUUACAGUCCCAGCUGGCCGACGCGCACGCCGACAAUGAGCGGUUGGCCGACGAAAAACAAGUGCUGCUCGAAUCGCUUUGCCGACAAACUGAGAAAUUAGAAGACAGUCGGACUAAGGUCGAUACACUCCAAGAACUGUUACUUAGAGAGGGCAUCGAACCCGAAACCCUAGGACCCAUCGACACUGAUCAACAGUUGUUUGCUGUUCUUAAGGUAUCGCAAGAAGAACGGCGGCUCCUGUUAAGCAAGCAAGAGCAGUUGGAAGCAGAGCUUGGCGAAGCGAGCGCUGCGCUCAAAGAGAAGACCAAAGAGAUAGAAACGCUCAAUGAGCGGAUACGCGCGCUGGAGGGCACGCUGGAGCGCGCGGAGGCGGAGCGCGCGCAGUGGGAGCACGAGGCGGGCGCCGCGCGCGAGGUGGCCGCCGCGCGCCAGCACCAGGUCGCCACGCUCUCCGACCUGCUCGACGCCGCCAAGGCCAAGUUGGCGGGAGCAGCCGAGGGCGCGGCGGCAGCGGAGGCGGCGGCCACGGCGGCGGCGCGGCGCGAGGCGGAAGCCGCGUCGGCGCGCGCGCACGCGCUGGCCGAGCGCCUCGCGCACGCGCAGCGCCAGCUCGACCGCGCGCACUCCGACGCCAGGAAGCUGCACGACGAUGCGCUCGUAUCACGCAACAACGCAAAGUCAACUAUUUCCGAGUUGGAGUUCCAGUUGGAGCAACUUCGGCAAGAGAAGGCCGCCUUGCAGGGGGAACUGCAGACGUUGCAAGAUAGCACAGCUGAGCUGCAAAUACAGGUGCAAGUGGCGACGGACGAGAAGCUAGCGCUAAUGAGCCGAGCGGGCGAAGCGUUGGCGCGCGCCGCCGACCUCGAGCGGCAGCUGCAGGACGCGCGCGCGCGCCACACGCAGCUGGCGCGCGACCGCGAGCGGGACGAGGCAGAAUGGAAACAGUUCCAAAGUGACCUCCUGAUGACGGUCCGAGUGGCCAACGAUUUCAAAACUGAAGCGCAGAGAGAACUUGAAAGACUCGUCUCUGAGAACAAGAUGGCGAGAGACCGCAUCAGACUCUUGGAGGAUCAAAUGCAUUCGUUGAAAGCUUUACCCCCUCGUGCCGAAGAAACUCCUACACCCCCACCGUUGUUAUCAAGCGCGUCUCUACAGGACAUUAUGGCGACAGCGGCGUCACAUCGUCGGACUAAAGGCGUAAGUCGCCAAGACUCCCGCCUGUCUGUGAAAUCUCUCAUAGAGAGCAUAGAGAACGCGGCGAAGGCGGCCAAACAGUCGCCAGCCACCACGCCCGUCACUGAGUGGCCGCAGCAGGUGCAGAGCCAGAGCGGCGCAGUAGCGGCGAACAUGAAGAACGGCACGGCGGAGGGCAGCGCGGGCGGCGCGCUGGCCGCGCCCGCCUUCGCCAAGCCGCCCGCCGCGCGCGCGCGCAACUCGCCCAGCAACGCCGAGUCGGGCGGCGGGGGCAUGAGCAUCGCGAACAUGCCGGACGAGCAGCGCGCGCUCGCCUCGCUGCAGCAGAAGGCGAUCGAGUCGUUCGUGAGGCGGAACAGCUAUGGGGAUAUAUGUGAAAGAAAAGAUCCCCUCAACGCGCUGCAAGUGAAAAAUGGCGGAUCCAAACGCAACGCUCUGCUGAAAUGGUGUCAGCAGAAGACGAUGGGCUAUAACAACAUUGAUAUAACUAACUUCAGUUCGUCCUGGAACGAUGGCCUGGCGCUAUGCGCGUUGCUGCACUCUUACCUCGGCGAGACUCGAAUCCCGUACUCGUCGCUGACGCCCAACGACAAGAGGACCAAUUUCUCCGUAGCCUUCGCAGCCGCUGAGUCGGUGGGGAUACCCACCACACUGAACAUUCAAGACAUGAUACAGCAAGAGCGGCCAGACUGGCAGCAAGUGAUGGCCUACGUGACCAGCAUAUACAAGCACUUCGAGACUUAGCGGCCGUUCGCUUGCAAGGGUCAAGCUAUGUUGGUUGUUAUUUAUUAGCUUAUCUAUGCAUUUCCACGGUCCAAAAUAUGUUUAAGCGGACCAGAUUUGUAGGUUAUAUUAAAGAUAGUGUGUUUUUGUGUUCGUAUGUCUCGAAAUGUGCGUCCGGAUUGUAUGGUAGGUGAUGCUAGUUUUCUUCCACGGUUUUGAAGCACUUUUUAAAUACCGCUAUCGCGUCAAUUAUGUCUUAUUUUGUUCUGAAAAUAAUUCCCUUUAUAUAGAACUAUAGAACGGUUAACUUAAGCUUUGAUAUUGAUAGUAAACGCCACAGUAUGGAUGUACGUGUAAACGGUAUUAAGUAUUGCUGUCUCGCCUCCUCACAAACAUUUAAGUGGGCGUGACAGAGAUAGUUGCUUUGUGCUAAAUAUCGGAUAUUGGUAUCGUAAAAGACACGUGGUUAAACAUUCCAUUUCAUGCAUUUAUGAAGUUUCUUCAUAAUAAUUGCUUUGGUUAAUCGAUCUGUUUUGUUUUUUAGAAUAUUCGGUGCUACAAUAUUUAAGCCAUUCAAAUUUUAAAGUAGAUUCCAUUUCGCCAAUUUAUAUAUUCAUUGAGGCAGAUUAUACAAUAUUGAGGAUAGUUGUAAUCUAAAACAAACAUAAUAUUAUGUUAACCUUAAUCCCUAUUAAAUGAGGGUAGUUUGAAUAAAUAUUCUAUAGAUUAUAAAAACGAAAAUUGUAUGCCUUUGAAUGGCCUUUUGGUGUUGUGUACGUGUUAAGGAAUUGAAUCCCGUCUUUCCAUAAUAAAGACUGAUUGAUAGGUUUACGGCUAACAUCGUAGGGUUGGGAGAUUCUAGGGCUGUCAAUCUUUUAGACAUUCUAUAACAUAUUUUUUUUUAUCAAGUUUAAAUUAGCAAAAAUAUAUAAAUUUAACACAAAUCCAACACAUCACUAGGAAUAAACCUGUGCUAGAGACGACCGACGCCUUCCACUCUAAACCUAGAUAGAUAUUGAAAACGCUUUGUCGUUAUGUUCUGAUUUUAAUUUAUAAAACUUGUAAACUAACGGAGUUUUAAUCCAAAACGUUGACAGCCUCAGACAUCUUUGUGAUGUCAAUAUAGACUAAAUAUAUUUAUGGUCUAAUGCUUUUUGCAUUUAGUGCUUCUAGAUAUGAUGUUAUUCGAAAGUGGCGGGUGUUAUAAAAAAAUUGGGAUCGCGAUUCUAAAGGUUCUAUACAAAAGAGCCCAAAAGCAACUGCAAAAUAAAGUGGUCACCCAUCUAUUGAUGACCGUGCCCACUGUUGCUUAACCUGGAUUUUUUUUUAUAUUUUUUGUUGCAACCACAAUAGAAAUACAACAUCUUUGAAAAUUCAACCGUCGAACUAUCGCAGAGCAUGAGAUAAAAAGCGAAUUAGACAUAAUUUUUUAACAAAUGAAUUCAUUCCGAUUCAAUACUGACCAUCCGCCAUUUUGAAUACGUCACAAGUGAGACGUGUAACGUAUAUAAAUAUAUUCUUGAAUGAUGUACUUCGCUGUCUAUUUAUGUGAGAGUAUUGGUAAUUAUUACUAAUUAAUUAAUAAUAAAUAUAAAUAAAAAUUCACGUACCAAGGUUCUUGGGGUAAAUGAACCUUAAUCUAAUGCAAUACGGUUCAGAUAUAACACACAUUCAUUUAUUGUAGAAUCUCACUUGUGUUAAUCCUUCCCAACGUCGUUACAAUUAAUGACACUAACAAUUGUAUUAUACGCAAGUAUUGAAACACUAUCUUACCCAAAUCAUAUAAGUAAUGAUAAUGUUUACUCCAGAUGAGAGUUGAAAAAACAAUUCUAUUUUUCCAUCAGCGUUUAUAUAUCGACCUCAAAAGCACACAUAAUACGAGUUUUGUAGAUUUUUUUCAUUGUCACAGGUCAGAACUAUUGUAUCAACAAAUGAUUUAAAAGAAAUGGAAAUAUUUUACAUUAACAUCCAAAUAGGGGCUAGACUUAUUUGGUUGAUUUACUUUUAAAACCAGUCAGUUUUUAAUAGUUAUAACUAAAUAAAAUUUAAAUAUAUAUCUGGCCUUCGCGUGUAUUAGAGCGAGACGCAUAGCUGCAGCUGUACGUGUUAUGAAAUAGAGAAUAAAAUAUGAAAGCUGCCUUCGUAUUGAAUUAGUGAUUUGCGAAUUUUAUGUACUGUGGUAAACAAUUUUGUGACCAUAGAUAAAAAAAACAUGAUUAUUGAAUUGGGAAUGUCAAAUGAUUCGAGAACAUUCUAGUCUAGAAUAGUAGAGUAUUCUAUGGACAAAAUUGGAACACCAUUGUUGUAAAAACGAUUAUAAUUAUUUUGCAUUGUAUCUGGUUGUUGAAGCUAUAGAGUAUAUAUUUUCUGAUAAUUAUAUUUCUGUAAAUAUAGCUUAAAUAAAGUUCCUGAUUUAUCGAU